GAAAACACUAGUUGAUCGCGUUUUCAAACGUGGGCUAUUGUGACUUCGCGAUAAGUUAGAAGAGGGUCGCUGGCCCUGUCUGUUAUUCUAACACUUUGAGCCUUGAAACCGAUCGCACGGAGGCGGAUCAUCUGGAUGGUGUCGGAAACACAGACAUUCGCACGCCCCUUCGCUUCCUGAGGCUGACGGCUGCAUUUCAGUAGAAACGAAACUCGGAUCACAGCAGCGUGAAGUGCACGGGAUCGAACCGAAUUGUUGGGAGCUCUGUCAGCAAAGAAAGGAGGAAAAAAUGGACACUGAGAGACUGCUCGGCAGGGAAAGCAAUGCAGAGGAAGACAGUGGCUAUAUAUGUGGAGCGGGUGCUCAUGUCGUAAAUGCAGAAAUGUCGGCAUCUGAUGUGCAUGGUAAAGGAGCUCCAUCAGCACCACCUCUAAGUUUGAUGGAUGUAAUCCCUGGAUAUGAAUCAACUGGCACUUUUGACGAUCUCCCACCCCCACAGCCUGGGUUUGGAGUCCCUGGACAAAAUCCGAAUCCGCCUGUGCCACACUGGAACAUUCCAUCUAUCAGUGAAGAUGUUGCCAAAGAAGUUUUCAUCGACUAUGCCUCUAGCAAGUGCUGUUAUGGCACCCGGCCAGCCAAAGAACUUGUGUUUACAGACCUACAGCCUUACAACACAUUCAGAUAUCGCCUUGAGACAUUCACUGAAUCAAGAUCAACAGAAUGGGCUUAUGAACCAUACAGAGGUCAGAUUGCAGAUGCUUUCGGUGCACCUUCGCCUUCCCCUUGGACCAUAGUAGUUCAGGUUCCAGAAUUGUUUAAGGAUAACAAAACGGAUGUUCGAGUUCCUCACACAUCCUCGGUUAAGGGAUGUCACACCUGUUUGCAGCUUGGGAGAACGGCUUGCAGAGAGUGCAUUAAUACUGGAAGGAGGUGUUGCUGGGUGUGCAAUGGUUCUCGUGUCACCAGUUCCAAUUCGAGAUGUACGCACUGUAAUGGUACGGGGCAUGUGUGUUGCUCAGCCUGUUCUGGCCAUGGCUUUAAGACAUGCAACACCUGCGCAGGCAAAGGACAGUUGCUCUGCUACAUUAAACUCAAAGUUAGAUGGAAAAACAAUGUUUUUGAGUUUGUGGCUGAUAAGCAGUCUGGAUUGCCAGUUAAACAAAUCACUAAUGCUACAGGGGAGAAGAUUUACAUAGAUGUCCAUAAUAUCGUGUAUCCAGUAGUUGGUUUUCCUGAUGAUUCGAUUAAUCAAGCCUCAGAAAAGGCACUUCGGGAUCAUCAGGUUCUUUUUGCUCCUACAUGUCGAAUUCUGCAACAGAGACAAACCAUUGAACUGAUUCCAGUCACCCGUGUCCAUUACAGGUGGAAAGAAAAAACUUACAUCUACUUUGUUUUCGGUGCUGAACAUCAAGUGUAUUCAGAAGACUAUCCUGCAAAAUGUUGCUGUUGUGUAAUUUUGUGAAUUGCCUUUUAUUUGGAUGAUUUAUUUUCAGUAUACUUUAACUUCACAAGUCAUUUUUUUCCUACUAUUGACUAAGAGUAAGCUUUCCUACGAUACACAUACAACAGAAGUCCGACAACAGCUUGAACUGCUUAACUGUUUUCUGUUAUUUCUUGUAAAUACUGUUUUAUGUUUGUGUUUUAACUAAUGGUUAUCAUGUACUGCCAACUAAAUGUUUCAGCAGUGAAUAAUAUUGAAAAUAUUAGCAUCACACAAGGUUGUAUUCCAAAGUGGUGUGUCCAUGUCUUUAAAGGCUUUUUUUUUUGAGAAAUGUUUUAUUAUUUUUCUACUUUAUUAAGAGUCAUUGUAAACAUAUACUGUGCUUUUUGUCUCUCAAAUAUUCACUUAGUUCAAAUUAUACUUCAUUUGACUCUUUGCUAAAAAAAAAAUCAAUAAAUAAUGGUACUUUUCCCAAGAGUA